UUCAUUCCAAGAACAAGAUAGUAUACAUGGAGGUUCUCUCACUAGCCCUAGCUUUUCUCAUCGUCUCUCUCACGAUUAGUUUUUUCGUCGUUAGAAACGGAUCGGAUGUCGGUUCAAGGCUUCCGCCGGGUGGCUCAGGGUUGCCCUUUGUGGGCGAAACCCUAGAUUUCUUCCUCAACCCCGAGAAAUUCAUCAGGGAUAGGAUGAAGAAGCACUCUCCGGACAUUUUCAGGACCAAUUUUUUCGGGGAGAAGAUCGUGGUGAUAUGCGGCCCCAACGGGCACAAGUUUCUCUGGUCCAACGAGAGCAAGUACUUCACUUCGUUCUAUCCGGAAUCCAUGAAAAAGCUCUUCCUCUCCAACCAACCGAAAAGGUUAAUACGUGAAGAGGAUCUCAAGGUGAUAAGAUCAGGACCCGGUGUUUUGAAGCCCGAGUCGCUGGCCCACAACUUGGCGGAAAUGGAUUCCAUUAUUCAGCAACAACUCAAGAUUCACUUGGAAGGCAAAUCUGAGGUGACGAUCCACCCUUUUUCAAAUGCAGUAACCUUUACACUCGCGUGCCGGUUCUUCAUGGGCACCGAAAAUCCGGAGCGCAUCGCGAAACUCAUCGGCCAUUUCAACAAAAUCAUCGAAGGUAUUCACUCUCUACCUCUGAACUUCCCCGGGACCGCGUUCUACAACGCGUGCAGAGCGGCGGACGUGAUUCGGAAGGAGCUCGCGACCGUCAUCAAGGAGAAGAUCGAUGCUGCGGGGGUGGUCGGAUCACCGAGUCGGGACAUGUUGUCGGCGCUCAUCUCCAGCGGAUACAUGUCGGACGCCGAGAUAUCCGACAAGGUAAUGGGAACGCUGGUGGCCGGGUACACCACGGUUGCUACUACCAUGACUUUUUUCAUGAAGUAUGUUGGAGAGAGACCUGAGGUUUAUCAUAAGGUUCUAACAGAGCAAUUGGAAAUCUCAAAGGCAAAACAACCUGGAGAAGCCUUAUGCUGGGAGGAUAUGCAAAAAAUGAAGUACUCUUGGGCUGUGAUCUGUGAAGUGAUGAGGCUGGCUCCUCCACUUAUAGGAUCUUUCAGAGAAGCCAUGACUGAUUUCACUUAUGCUGGUUAUACUGUCCCAAAAGGGUGGAAGGUAUUUUGGACUGUGAACACAACACAAAAGAACCCUAAGUACUUCCCUGAACCAAAUAAGUUCGACCCUUCAAGAUUCCUGGAAGGCGAUGCGCCACUGGCCUACACAUACUUGCCUUUCGGAGGUGGACCUAAAUUGUGCCCCGGAAAGGAAUACGCUCGAAUAGUGGUACUCGCUUUCGUCCACAACAUGGUUAAAAAGUAUAAGUGGUCCCUCAUUGAUCCAAGAGAGAAAAUUUCAGGCAGCAUGAUGCCAGUGCCGGAGAAAGGACUUCCAGUUCGCCUAUAUCCUCACUAGGAUUCUGUCGAUAUAUCUGAACUUAUUAAUUUACUUCAUCACCACAUGAACAACUUCGAUUUCUCCAAAAAUUGAAGUUAAUUCCAUUAGGUAAUACUUAAUCAUGUAUUUGUCAUGCUUCUUAGUUUACUUUCUAUCGUCUAGUUGGAGGAAAUAAAAGUAUUUCAUCCUGAAUGGAUAUACCCUCGUCUAAACUGUAACGAUUUUAAUG